CCUGCUCCUCUACCUACUCCACCCUCAAUCCACCAGAAACAUGGGCUGCUGUGGCUGCUCUGGAGGCUGUGGCUCUGGCUGCGGGGGCUGUGGCUCCGGCUGCGGGGGCUGUGGCUCCGGCUGUGGGGGCUGUGGCUCCAGCUGCUGUGUGCCCAUCUGCUGCUGCAAGCCCGUGUGCUGCUGUGUGCCAGCCUGUUCCUGCGCCAGCUGUGGCUCCUGUGGGGGCUCCAAGGGGGGCUGUGGCUCCUGUGGGGGCUCCAAGGGGGGCUGUGGCUCCUGUGGGGGCUCCAAGGGGGGCUGUGGCUCCUGUGGGGGCUCCAAGGGGGGCUGUGGCUCCUGUGGGGGCUCCAAGGGGGGCUGUGGCUCCUGUGGGGGCUCCAAGGGGGGCUGUGGCUCCUGUGGCUGCUCCCAGUGCAGUUGCUGUAAGCCCUGCUGCUCCUCAGGCUGUGGGUCAUCCUGCUGCCAGUCCAGCUGCUGCAAACCCUGCUGCUGUCAAUCCAGCUGCUGCAAACCUUGCUGCUGUCAAUCCAGCUGCUGCAAACCUUGCUGCUGUCAAUCCAGCUGCUGCAAACCUUGCUGCUGUCAGUCCAGCUGCUGCAAACCCUGCUGCUGUCAGUCCAGCUGCUGUAGCAGUUGCGGCAAACCCUGCUCUUGCUCCUCAGGCUGUGGGCCAAGCUGCUGCCCGUGCAGAUGCUGCAAGCCCUGCUGUUCCCAGUCCAACCUGCUGCCCGUCCAGAUGCUGCAAACCCCACUGCUCCCAGUCCAGCUGCUGUAA